AUGGGAUACCUCGAUCCGAGAGAGUUGAAUGAUCUCAUUGCGUUGGCUGAGAGAGGAGGAAUAGGGAAAGGUGUAGCGUUGACCGAUUGCGUAGCUGAAGAACCUGAUCAAUUGAUGUAUAUAUCAGGAGAUGAAUUAAUCCUUUUGAGAGAUUUGGAUAAAGUCCUUUUAGCUUCAUGUGAAGGUAUAAUAGGAUGGGUAGAAAGGGAUAAUGUGAAAUUUGAUUCAUUGGCCAGUACAAGUACGAAUACCAAUACGAACACACCACCUAAACCUUCAAUUGAAUUACCGAAAACAAUCUUGACGGCACCUUCACCACCUCGUCAAUCGACAAAACCAACAACGACGUCUAAUCAUCCUGUUAACCAAAUCUCGUUGUCUGACUAUGAUCAUUUUCAUGGCCAUGAUCACGAUGACCACAGCAUCAACAACGAGCUUCAACCUCGUCGAGGCGAUGUAAAAAGGAUCUCAGGUCCAUUCGAACUAGAUUCACCUCAGGUUUCACCUAGUCUAGGUAACCAAGAUCAAGAUGGCUUCUUUGGAAAACAACAGCAACGUCAACAACCACCUCUUCGUCACCAACAAAACCCACCACCACAUGACGUUAUAAUAGAGAAUAGAGACUCGAUCAUGUCGACAACGAGCAGUGAAGCACUUGGAGGUAUAGGAGGAUUCAUGAUGGGUGGAAAUGAGAGUGAAGAUGAUCAUCACGCAGGAAAUGCCCUGGAGGAGCUCACAGGAGAACGAUCACCGUCAACUCCAUCCAUCAUCACACCUCACCACACGUCAAGCAUAUCUCACAUCACACCUUCUUCUCCAAGCAUAGAUCGUGCGAAGAAUGGGAACAACUUGGACGAUACAGACGAUACAGACGAUAGUGAAGAUGAAGAUAAGGAAUAUGACGAAGAUGACACCGCUGAAUGGGAUAUAUAUGAUGAUUAUGCCAGAGAAAGUAUGUAUGGUCCAGCGAAAAGGAUGAGUCUAGCCAUUCAACAAAGAAGAUUGAGUCGUGCUGCCAAAUCAGCAAGUAAAGCGCCUUCAACCUUACGAUUAGGAUCUAAAAGUCCAAGUGGAAUGGAUGAACUUGAACCGAGUCCUAGUCCCAAAGGGUUAGAUGCUGCUAGAGAUGCUUUAGAAGGAAGGGUUAGACAUAAGCCACCCACUCCAAUAUUUAGACCUGCUUCAGCUGAAAGAAAUUUAUCAUCAACUGGUAACGAUACCACAGUAUCAUCAUCCCCGCUGCAAGAAGAACAGGAACAAGAGCUUCUCACACCCAAAAUACAAGAUCAGUCUUCACCAUCUACACCUAACCAAACGACUUUUCAAAAGAUAGAUAUACCUUCAGCGCAAGCAAAUGGGAGAUCCGUCGCAACCGAGCUGAGAUUGAGAAUCAUGCGAGAAAGGGAGAAAGUGGUAGAGGAGGAAACGGAAAGGGAGUCUUCAAAUCACCAUGGGAGUUACGAUACUAAUCGAGAUGAUAUCCCGGUGAUUAGACAUGAAAGACGCAUUCAGACUUCUCCUGUCAAGUCUGACGUGACGCAUGAUGAUGAUCGUUACGAAGGUGGUAUAGAACACGUCGAAAGUGACAAACACAGUCCUGCAAGUUCCACCAAUUCACACAAACGAUCAGCUGGUACUUUAGAAAGCUCCGAAGAGUCCGCCACAAUCACGACGCCUCAACCGACAGAGAUUGUCACUUUCUCUGCUGCUUCACCGACUGAUGCAUCCUACGAUAUUCCUUCAAUGACCAAAGGUACCAUUGGACACUCUCUUCUCGCUUCUCCACUUCCCAACGACGAGAACGAAGUCAAGGUGGAUAUAUCUGAGAACGGAAUUAUCAAUGCCCCAAAUUUGGUGCCUCCACCUCCUAUCAAUCAUGCGCCCAACAUGUCACCCCAUAUCAAUCAUCCCCCAUGGAUCCCCGGUUCUCCAUCUUCUCCUCACAGUGUUGCGGCAACGAGACAGGCUGUAGAUGCGCAUCGAUCAGCUUCUGAAGGGAAAAGACCCAGAGGAUUGACCUUGGUUGGGAGGAUGGAAGCUGAUUUACUCGCUUCGAAAGGCCCUGUACCAAUCACCUUUUUAGUCAAUGGACCUGGUAUGCCUCUGAUUCCUACUUUACCCACUCCGGCUCCAUCACAUGAAACCAUUGGAUUGGGAUUACCUUCCUCAAGAAGUCAAACAGCAAGUCCUGCAGAACCAGCACGUCGAGCAACUUCUCCACUUGCUUCUCCCAUACUUCCGAAUGAAGAGACCUCGAAUCAAGCCUCUCCUUUCCCUCCGCAUCCUCAUCCUGUACGAAGUGCUACCUCUCCAGUACCACCGUCGACUCCCGCUACUCAAUCCGAAGCAGACCUAGCCAAACCCAGUCCGCCUUUUUCGGUCGGCCGACCAAGAGCCAGAAGUUUCUCAGCUACAGUAGCGAAAAGUUUAGGUGUCGGAAAGAAAGAUUCAACACCUCCUUUGACUAUUAAAACAAGUAUGACUCCACCUGUACCAUCCAUUAAUUCACCUUUACCCCAAUCUUCCUCGUCGGCAAAGAAAUCCUUCUUUGGUGGAAGGAAAUCUUCUUUCGCACCCUCAACACCACCACCAGGUUCCCCUUCUGGCUUAUCGAGAGUUUCGGAAUCGGGAUCAAGUGUAAAUGUCAAUCAUUUACAACCUAUCACACCAGCUACGUAUAGUCAUGGAAACGAUUCAACACCAUCUAUACAUCCGCCUGCUUCAGCCAGGUCAUCUUCAUUCUCAUUCAAUUCGAAAUCAAAAACUCCAAGAAAGCCCCCAAGAGCAUUACCUAGUCCUAUAUCACAUAAAGAUUUCGCUGAAGAAACUAUAAAAGCUGAAGGAUUAGAUUUUGAAUUGAUUCAACCUAAGAAACAAUCAUCUUUGCUCUCACCCAUUGAGGAUUUCUCUCCAACAAGUCCAGGUGCAAGUAAUGUAACUAGACCUGAAUUGACUAGACAUUCAACGAUGACAAGUCAAAAUUCAUCUUCAUCAUUGAAACCACUACCUGAAACAGAUGAAUGGGGAUUCAUGAAAGCGAAUAGUCCAGUACCGGAAAUAUUCCAAAGUAGAAGUCAACCUGGAGAUCAUAGAGUCAUCGAGCAGAAAUGGUUGUCAAUUAUAUUAACUCCUCUAGCAGCCAACACGCAACCCCCUAAAAAAGUGCGAAAACUAGUUCUUGAUGCAGGUGUACCCUCGUCUCUGCGAGGUAAAGUCUGGGCUUGGUUCAUGGCCGGUACACUGUCGGCCAGAACGCCGGGAUUGUAUCAGGAAUUAAUUGAACACGAUAAUGGAUUAGAAGAUGAGAGGAUUGAUAAGGAUGUUGCAGGUGCUUAUCCCGAUCAUUCGAUAUUCGCUACACCGAAUUCACCAGGACAACAGGAUCUCCGCCUGAUUCUGAGAGCAUACAGCAAUUUUGCACCGGCAGGAUACAGAUCCGAGAUGGCUUUGAUAGCAGGAGCGCUAUUGAUUCACUGCGUUGCGGAAGAUAGUUUUUGGUUGUUGAGUGGGCUAGUCAAUGCUGUAUUGAAAGACUAUUAUUCCAAGGAAAGGACUGGAUUGAGGAUCGACGCAGCGGUGUUCAUGGGAUUGAUCAUCAAAGAAGAACCGAAAAUUGGUAAACUGUUCAAAGAGAUCGGAUUGCAUCCUAUCUCGUUCCUUGAUAAAUGGUUCAGUCAGCUGUUCAUCAGAUGUUUACCUUGGCCUACGACAUUACGAGUGAUAGAUGCUGUGGUAUCAGAGGGCCCAAGGUUUUUGCUUAUUGCGUCAAUAUCGAUCCUGUCAUUAUCUCGUGAUCGAUUACUCUCACUUCAGAAAAAUCCAACAGCCAUUCUCCAUUAUCUGCAAAAUCUACCACAAGAUAGUUUGCUGUUACCUGAGAAUUUCAUGAAGACUUGCGAAAGUCAGAAGUUCGAUGAAAAGGAUUAUAAGAAAUGGAGGAGUAAUGUAGAAAAGGAAGUAAUGGGAUAG